UAAGCUGCCAAGAAGCUCUCCCAGUUCCUGAUCUCCCUCGCGUCGUCGCCCUCUCAAGUGCAUCACGAUAGUCUAAGUCUAGACAUGAAACCGAUAUCGAGCGCCGCCAUCCUCCUCGCCGCCGUCGUGGCGCUGCUCUUGGUGGCCGCCGUGCGGGGCGAUGACGACUGCGGGUCGCCGGAGUCGGCGGCGCAGGACCGCGCGCGGGCAAAGCCUCUCAAAAUCGCGGCCUUCUUCUCCAUCCUGGUCUGCGGGGCGCUGGGCUGCUCCCUGCCCGUGCUGGGGCGGCGGGUGCCCGCGCUCCGGCCCGAGGGCGACGUCUUCUUCCUGGUCAAGGCGUUCGCGGCGGGGGUCAUCCUGGCGACGGGGUUCAUCCACAUCCUUCCCGACGCGUUCGAGAACCUCACGUCGGACUGCCUGCCUUCCGACGGGCCGUGGAAGGACUUCCCGUUCGCCGGGUUAGGAGCCAUGGUCGGCGCCAUCGGCACGCUCGUCGUCGACACUGUCGCCACGGGGUACUUCACGCGCGCCCACCUGAACAAGGACAGAGCGCACGGCCACGGGGCGAUAAGCAGCAGCGCCGCCGUUGUGGACGAGGAGAAACAGGCCGCUGCCGCCGCCAUCGAAGGAGCGCGCCGUCACGACGGUGGGGAGCACGACGUACACGUGCACACGCACGCCACCCAUGGCCACGCCCACGGGUCGGCGGCGCUCGUUGCGGCUGUUGGCGGCGCCGAGGACGAAAAAGACACGAUCCGGCAUCGCGUAAUCUCUCAGGUACUCGAGUUGGGUAUUGUGGUGCACUCGGUGAUCAUCGGCAUCUCCCUCGGCGCCUCUCAGGACCCGGAUACAAUCAAACCUCUCGUGGUCGCCUUGAGCUUCCACCAGAUGUUCGAGGGAAUGGGCCUUGGUGGCUGCAUAGUUCAGGCAAAGUUCAAGGCUAGGUCCAUCGUGACAAUGAUCCUCUUCUUCUGCCUGACAACGCCGGUGGGCAUCGCCGUCGGCUUUGGCAUAUCGCGGGUGUACAACGAGAACAGCCCAACGGCGCUGGUGGUGGAGGGCAGCCUCAACUCCGUGGCAGCGGGGAUCCUCGUCUACAUGGCCCUCGUCGACCUCCUCGCCGAGGACUUCAUGAACCCCAAGGUGCAGAGUAGGGGGAAGCUGCAACUCGGCAUCAACGUCUCCAUGCUGGUCGGUGCUGGCCUCAUGUCCAUGCUCGCCAAAUGGGCCUAGCCGGAAGCCUACAACAUGAAACAGUUUUGUUCCAUGACAUAUGAGUUCAGGAUAUACGCAGAUAUAUUUGAUCGUCGAUGUUGAAACGACAUAAUCUUCGUGCA